GCGCAUGCUCCGUCCCUCGUCGUGGCCCUUGUCUUCUCGGAGGCUGUGUGGUCCUGCAGAGACCUGGUCUCGCCGUGAACCUGAUUCUCCACAGCUGGGCAGAGGCCACCGUCGUUCUGCGGCAUUACUCCGUCCCCCCCACCCACACACACACACACACCCACCCCCCAGCGCACACUGAGCCGGCCAUCGUCAUAAGCUGUCGGGGAACAGGCAGCGUUGAGCCGGGGCGUCGACUGGCCGUCAAGGCAGAGCAUCCAUUCAUCCUUUUCCACAGGCAGCUAGCGCUUAGCCGCGACUAAAGGCAGGGGGCCAGCGGUGUGUCGGGGGAGGGGACUUCAACAUGUCCGGCUACCAAGGAAAGAAGAACAUCCCGAAAAUCACAAGCGAUCGUCUUCUCAUCAAGGGGGCGAAGAUAGUGAACGAUGAUCAGUCCUUCCUGGCUGACAUCUACAUGGAGGAUGGAGUCAUCAAGCAAAUUGGAGACAACCUCAUUGUCCCGGGCGGAGUCAAGAUCAUCGAGGCCCAAGGCAGGAUGGUGAUGCCGGGGGGCAUCGACGUGCACACCCGCUUCCAGAUGCCCGACCGAGGCAUGGUGGCGGCGGAUGACUUCUAUCAGGGCACCCGGGCCGCCCUGGCUGGUGGCACAACCAUGAUCAUCGACCAUGUUGUCCCGGAGCCCGGUGUGAGCCUGGUGGCUGCCUUCAGACAGUGGAGAGAGUGGGCUGACAGCAAGUCCUGCUGUGACUAUUCCCUGCAUGUAGACAUCACGGACUGGAACCACGGCACCCAGGAGGAGAUGGAGACGCUGGUGAAGGAUCACGGUGUCAACUCUUUCCUGGUCUAUUUGGCCUAUAAGGACGUUUUCCAGCUUUCUGACUCUCAGAUCUACGAGGUGUUCAGUGUCAUCAGGGACCUGGGAGCCGUCGCUCAGGUUCACGCCGAGAACGGAGACAUCGUCGCAGAGGAGCAGAAACGCAUAUUAGAGCUGGGCAUCACGGGUCCUGAAGGCCACGUUCUUAGCCGUCCAGAAGAGGUGGAGGCCGAGGCGGUCAACCGCUCGGUCACCAUAGCCAAUCAGACCAACUGCCCCCUAUACAUCACCAAGGUGAUGAGCAAGAGCGCGGCGGAUGUCAUUGCUCUCGCUCGGAAAAAGGGUGCUGUGGUUUACGGCGAGCCCAUAUCUGCCAGCCUGGGCACGGAUGGCACCCAUUACUGGAGUAAGAACUGGGCCAAGGCAGCAGCCUUUGUCACCUCUCCGCCGCUCAGUCCCGAUCCCACCACCCCCGACUACCUCAACUCUCUGCUGUCAUGCGGGGACUUGCAGGUGACUGGCAGUGCCCACUGCACCUUCCAUACGUCGCAGCGGGCAGUAGGCAAAGAUGACUUCACCAUGAUUCCAGAAGGCACCAACGGCACCGAGGAGAGGAUGUCUCUGGUCUGGGACAAAUGCGUGGUGACAGGAAAGAUGGACGAAAACCAGUUCGUGGCGGUGACCAGCACGAACGCAGCCAAGAUCUUCAACCUGUACCCCCGCAAGGGUCGCAUCGCUGUGGGUUCUGACGCCGACCUGGUGCUCUGGGACCCCGACCUGACGAAGAUCCUCUCCGCUAAGAGCCACAACCUGGCUGUUGAGUAUAACAUCUUUGAAGGGACCGAAGUGCGCGGGGGGCCUCUGGUGGUGAUCAGCCAGGGUAAGAUUGUGUUGGAGGAGGGCUCCCUUCACACCACGGAGGGCUGCGGGCGCUACAUCAGCCGUAAACCCUUCUCAGACCACGUGUACAAGAGGAUAAAGGCUCGCAGCAGGCUCACAGAGCUGCGAGGGGUCCCCAGGGGCCAGUACGACGGGCCGGUGUGUGAGGUGACCGUGAGUCCAAAGAUGAUGUCCACAGUUUCUUUGGUGAAGACCUCCCCCGCCAAGCAGCAGCAGCAGCAGCAGCAACAACAGCAGCAGCUCCCUCAUCAGCCAGUACGCAACCUCCACCAGUCUGGCUUCAGCCUGUCCGGCGCCCAGAUUGACGACAACGUUCCCCGUCGUACCACUCAACGUAUCGUGGCACCCCCUGGUGGGAAAGCAAACAUCACCAGCCUUGGUUAAGCCGCUUUCCCUCGAUUGAGCCGCGGGGAGGAACAUGGGAGCAGGAUCCACGGUUACCACAAUCACUCCUGGCUCCCCUGCAUCCCUUCUGUCCAUUUUUACUCUCACCACCUCCACCAUGUCACCUCAUUCAAGGAAGAAAAAAAAAAAACACUAUUUCAUGUUGUUUCAUGCCUCCUGCCACAUUCCUGUAUCGACGUAGGAGAAAGGGAAUUUAGGAUUUUUUUAUGCACAUCCAUUUGAAUUUUGAUGAUUUCAGUUGUUUACAUAGUUUUAUAAUGUCUGCUCUACAUGUUAAAGCUGUUCCAAGAAUAGAUCAGAACGCUAGAUAAAAGCUUAAGGCCAGGGGAAGGAAAGUUUUAUGACAUUUUAACAGCAACAAAUGUUCAGUUUUGUGUUGUUCUUAUUGCAGAUGAUUGAAUGUUCUGAUGACUGCGUAGCAGAAAGCGCUUUUGGCCAGAAAAAGCACCGGCCUGUCCGCGUAAAAAUACUCUCGACUCUUGAUAAAAGACGGAAGCAAAAGAGUUUUAGUGGCGUAGGUCAGAAAACAGCGACCCACGUCUAUAGUAUGACUUCUUUGUUUUGCCAAGAAAUCACCAAACUAAUUUGGUGCGUAUAAAAGUAUAAAGUUAACAGCAGUAUGAUCAAGUGAUCAACAUUCGUUUUUGAGCCUGGGUACAGCUGGAGCUGAGCAGCGUGGAUCCUUACUUGGAUCCGCUCGGAUACGUUUCCUUUUUUUUUAGACCAUGUUAUGCUGCACUGUUGAUGAGGCAUGGGCUGGCAUGAGUUAUAACCUUCAGGGGUAAAUUUGACAGUAUUUGUAAAAAGAUUUAAAGCAAAAAUGUGUAAACAAAAAACUUAAUUUAUCUUGAUGCUGUGACAAAAGCUGUAAAAUGUUGAUUAUAACAAUCAAUAAUAUAUGAACCAUUUUAUGGGUUUUUUUUCUUCUUUUUUGAUAUAUCUAAUGAAAUUCAUUUUAAAUCCCUGCUAAAUUUAGCAUUAGUUUUCUAAGCACACCUUCUAAUUCUUACAAUAGCCCUAUUAAUUCACGUUUAUGUAAUCAGAGACAACGCAAAGCUACCGUGGCCUUGUAUGCAGGCCUGCUGGUCGCAGGGAAAUCUGCAGACCCAGGAAUAAUAAAAAAUUAAAAAUCACACACAAAACUAAUUAGAUGCUAAAAAUCUACCUUUUGUCAUUCUGGUCUUCAUAGAUUAACAACCAGAAAUUAGGCGCUUACUUUGUGGGGCUAUCUGCUCCUGUAGCCCAUCCUCAGUAGGCUGCCUCGCAGACAUGCUACUCUGAGCCACCGUAGUUUUAAAAUUGUGUUGGUGUAACGAGACUGCUUUAGUUUCCACACAUUUACCCACAAACUGAAACGUUAGCAGACAGCGGAUCUGUUUUUCUUGUGAAGGAAAUGGGCUUUUUUUUUUUUUUUUUUUAACCAGCUGACCGGCAGUGCGCAGCAACGGGUGGGGGAGGGGUUCUAUUAGGCUUGGGAUGCUAAUCAUUCUGCCACUUUCUCUGGCGUUUCAUCAAAGGGACUUAUAUUGUUUGAUGAAAGAUCUGAGCCGGCGAGCGGCCCACGACUGCUGCUGACUCAAAAAAAAAAGCUUGAAUCAUCAGCAGGACGUUGUCUUCUUUAACUUCCUCGCGGUUGUGUAUUUUUUUUUUUAUUUCUUUUUUUCCGUUUAAGCUUGCAGUAUUCAGUGUUUGUUUUCUGUGCUGUAUUCCUCCGUUUCGUUACAGUUGCACUUUCUUCUUCCUCCCUUUUUUUUGAUGGAUGGUAUAUGUCGUGAAACGUUAACUUAGACUGAAAAGGAAAAGAAAAAGGGGCGUAUCGGGGUCGAGCCGCUCACUCGGCGUCGCCCUGACAACUUCGGGUAGACGUGACACUUUGGUGGAGAAACGUGAACUUUUGCCCUCAUUAUGUCGUGUUUAGUUGUUUUUUUUCACCCUCAUGUUUUUUUUUUUUUUUUUUUUCCUGGAGGGUCGUCAGGCCAACAAGCCUCCAAUCUCCAGACGUUUGUCGUUCAGGAAACAGACGGACCCUACGGGGGAAGUUUGAUUGGAGGUUUCUGCCGGCCACCUCUCCCCGCCUGGUGCUUUCUGACCUUCUUGCUGUACAACGGCAGACGAUGUCCACAUCCGUGCAGCGGUCGGGUAGUUUCACCCAGUUUCUUUGAUGUAUUUGCACCUGCAACAAUCCAAAAAGUAGUAAAUGUGUACGUGAGAUAGCAACUUUGUAUCGGAUAUAUUUGUACGUUUUACGGAUACGUGUUGCCUGCCCUGUUCUGUAAGAUAUUGAUAGCACACUGUAUCUAUGAAGGCUCUUUAAAGAAGUGAUUUUGUUUGUGUAUUUUUGGUUGUUUUUUUUUUUUUUGGGAGACCUGAUGAAAAAUCUUCUGUGCGUGUUUACAUGAAGUCCCUCACAGUGUGCUGAUGAUGUGUCCUCUGUUCUCGGUGUUAGUGCUGUGAAAGAAGUAUUAAGAUGCUGUAUAUUGUCCCUUUACCUUCCUAUUUACAUAAACACCAGAUUCACUUAAGCUAAUAACUGUAUUCACGGCCACGCGCGUACAGCUCCUCGGCACAACGCUGGAUUAUUUCUCUUCAUUGCCUUGUCAAAUGUAGGUUGUUUUUGGGGGUUUUUUUGUAUGCAAAGCUAUAUACUGUGAAGUGAUUUACAUUUGGGGAAGUUUCUUGGAAAAUUGUUUAGAGUUGUAAUGUUGAGCACUGUUGUUUGACCUCUUCCACUGACUGUGACGCUCUCGUUCAUGUUUGCUUGUUUUAUUUUACUUGGCUAUAACCAGAGUUCGGAGGGAACCGUCGGUCCCGUCAGCAUUUGACCUUCUCUGUGUCGGAUUCAAUGGAUUAAAAUAAUAAAAGCAAACUUGGCUUUA